AUUAAGCUAGCGCUCAUCGACCUCUCUGCUUUUAGAUACAGUUGAUCAAUAUUUCCUGGGAGUAAAACUGGGGCUUACUGUUCAGCUCCUGUGGUGCACUGGUAAAGACAUCUGCUCAUAUCAGUAUGGACCGGUUUCAGACGGAAAACGCUGGAAUCAACGGAAUCAACGAAAGCGCAGAGGAAAAGUACCGUGCUGUAGCGUACGACACAGCGCUCAGCACUUUGGUGGCUGUGGUCAUUUAUGUGGUGGUGAAAGUUAGCGUGGAUGGGAUUAGGCAGUGGCGGGCCAGGAUAUCGGUUCUGAUCGUUGGCUCGGGGCCCGUGGGAUUGACAGCUGCGCUUGUCGCUGUUCGCUCGGGCAAGGUGCUGAAGCUGACUGUACUGGAUGAGAGGUACCGGACGGCUCUGCUCUGCCGGCCCCAGCAGAUCGCCCUCGACCCAAGAAGUGUGGAGUUCCUACUGGGACUCGGUGUAGACUUUGACAACAUGGAGGGGUGCUGGCACAACGAACACUUCUUCACCAAAAUAGGAGUGUUUCAAGAGUACUUGCUGAGCAUCUUGGAACAGAAAAAACAGAAGGUUGAAAUCAAGGUGCAUCUGGGAACCAAGUUCACAGAGGAAUACCUACGUCGGAUCCCAGGUUGUGACUGGCCGCGAGUGAUUGUUGUAGCUGAUGGGUCUUGUGGAGACUCUUGCUCUGUGCUGGGCAUUAGUUCCGACUACUCUGUGGAGUCCUGCCAUGCAUAUGGAGCUAAUGCCACCAUCGAGAGACUGGACCAAAGACAGGUACCUACCCCAGAGAUUAGGGCGCACAGUCUGUAUUUUGAUCUGUCUGCGUACGGCGUCGAGGCCCUUAGAGAGCAGAAGACCCCUGCAACCAAGCCAGGUUUUCACUUGAAGAUCUACGGAACUUUCCGCCAUCGCUACAUGGCCCUGGUGUGCCCCGCCAACGAUACCAAAAUGGUCCGCUUCCUCCGACACACCGUCAACUCCUCUAUCAUGAAGAAUAUCUUCCACCAGUCCUUCAACGCCUACAAGACAGACAUCGAGCCCCGUCUGAAUGAGCUGACGCUGCAUCGCAUGCAGUGCAGCCGCCGUCUGUUUGAGGUCCAGUUGUCCCACCGCUGUGUCAGCGCUGCGUACAUCGAGGGAGACAACGUGGCCGUCACCGUGGAGGGGGAGGCGGCACGCGUGCUCAACUUUGACACAGGCUGUGGCGUGAACCUGGGCAUGAGGGGUCUGGAGUCACUAGGGACCUUCAUCUACCGCACUGCUACAGCUGUGGACCAGAACGACAUGCUGGAGGCCCUGUCCUCCAAGAUUCAACACUCCAGGCAAGUUGCCGAAACCUUCAGACUGACUGGCCUGACCCACACUAUGUUUGACUGAGAACAUGAGAUGGCAGGAAGACCAAAAAACAUCCAUUCUACCAUGGGACUAUCCUGACUCAGUGGGCUGGAUUGGAUGAGGACCAUGCAGGUGUAAAGGGAUGUCAGUUCAAUACCCCAAGAUCUGCACGAUCAAGGUGUGACUGACAGAUGGAGAAUGCAGAUAACAAACUAGUGGUUGUGGUCAUAGAACUGUUUUUUUUUAACUGUAUUGUCACAUCAUGGUUGAAUGGAGAUUAUCAACAGUAGAGACAGAACCUCACAGACCCAGAUGCCUCCUUUGUCCUGGGAGAACGUGAUUGAACAGGUGGACUGAAUGACCAUCCUUUGGUAGAUCACUGGUUUAAGGGAGACAGGAGCCAGGGAGGUGUUUAGAACAGGAUUGUUAGUUUGGAUCCUGAUCUAAAAUGUUACCUGUCAAGGUUUUACUUGUGGGGUUUUCUGGGUUGGUUUUGAUGCUGUACACAUUGAUAUACAAAAAUGUAAAUGGAAUGUACUAUAGAUCUUAUCCACAUAAGGACAGAAGAAAAUUAUGGAACCUUAAAAUGUGACUAUUUUGAUGAUACUGUGGAUUUGACCAAAGCUCAAAAUAUCACAUUAAUGUGUUAUUUCUAUCGUGGUGUUGCCUUUAGUGCAGAGAGUUUUUAUAAAUAUUGAGAUGUACGGUGUAGAAUACAACACAGUAUUGCUCUGUAUUGACACAUGUAAUAAUUGUUUACUGUAUGUGCCUAUAGCCUUAGACAUUGUAUAAAUUAAACAAUGGAUAUGAAUGAGAUAAUGGCAUGUACAGGUAAACCAUACUCUUCGUUUAAUAAAUUACACACAGUCCUAAAUAUAGG